AUGUCUAAGUUGAUUGUUAUCACAGGUGUCACGGGAGUUCAGGCAAGCUCUGUCGCAAGCACAUAUCUCCAGCUUCCGGGAUGGAGGGUCCGUGGUGUCACCCGCAACCCAUCGUCUGCCAAAGCCAUAGAAUUACAGGCCCGAGGCGUCGAGAUCGUCUACGGAGACCUGAAUUACCCUGACAGCCUGGAGGCCGCAUUCCAGAAUGCAACCAUCAUCUUCGGCGUGACUGACUUCUGGACAAUCUUCCAAGACGGGGGAAGCAUGACCAAGAAACGACCGGACCAGGACCUCACAGAAUACUGCUUUGAAGUAGAGGUCCAGCAGGGGAAGAAUCUGGCGGAUGUCGCUGCCCGGAUUCCGACACUAGAACGCUUUGUCUUUAGUUCCAUGGCGUCCGCCAACAAGUGGAGCAAAGGAAAAUUCCCCAGAGUCUACCACAUGGACUCGAAAGCGGUAGUGGUUGACCAUAUUCGAAGUCUGCCAGGAUUGAAAGACCGCUUCUCGCAGAUCCAGGCACCGAUCUACUUCAACCUUCUUUGGCAAUGGGGUCUUCCGACGACACCGAAAAAGCAAACGGACGGCUCGUAUCGCAUCUCUGGGGUUGGUCCGGCCAUCAUUCCGGUCCCCUUUGGGGACGUGCAGAACGAUUUCGGGCAAUGUGUUAGGGCGGUAGCGGAUGGACCUCCCGGCUUGAACCUUUUGGCUGUUGGGGAAUUUCUGUCAUGGGACGCGUAUAUCGACAUCUGGUGCCAGUCGCAGGGAGUACCAAAUGGUGGCUACGAAGAGCACACAAUUGAGUCCUUCGAGAAUCUCCUUCCUGGUGGGCUCGGUCGGGAAUUUGGGGAGAACGUGCUUUUCGCGCAACAGUUCGGCUAUGACGGGGGUGAUCCCACGGUUGUCCGACCUUCGCAGUUCGACAUCAAGAUGACCUCCUUUAAGGAGUACUGCAAGCGAACCGACUUCAGCUCCAUUCUCUGA